GAAGAAGAAGAAGCUGUUUGUUAGGAUGAUGAGAGACAAGCACACAGGAUUCUUUUUUAAAACCCUCUGGAAACACUGGGACUCGUAUAGUGACUAUUUAUUUUCGUUGAUAGGUUUGAUAUAGCACCACCAUGGCCACUUCAGCCAGUUCCAUGCUGAGCAAAGCUGUGAAACCGCAGUAUAUGGACCUCCCUCAGGGAGACCAGGUUCAGGCUAUGUACAUCUGGAUUGAUGGUACCGGAGAGGGAUUGAGAUGCAAGACCAGGACUCUAGAUUCAGAACCUAAGACCAUUGAAGAUCUUCCUGAAUGGAACUUUGAUGGCUCCAGCACAUACCAGUCAGAGGGGUCCAACAGUGACAUGUACUUGAUCCCACAAGCCAUGUUCAGAGACCCUUUCAGGAAGGACCCCAACAGACUGGUUCUUUGUGAAGUCCUCAAAUACAACCACAAACCUGCAGAAAUCAACCUUCGCCAGAUGUGUAAAAAGAUCAUGGGUAUGGUGCUGAACCAGCAUCCUUGGUUUGGAAUGGAACAAGAAUACACUCUUCUCGGCACAGAUGGUCAUCCAUUUGGUUGGCCCUCCAAUGGCUUCCCUGGACCUCAAGGUCCAUACUACUGUGGCGUGGGAGCUGAUAAGGCCUAUGGACGAGAUGUUGUAGAAGCCCAUUAUAAAGCCUGUCUGUAUGCUGGAGUAAAAAUCUGUGGCACCAAUGCUGAAGUCAUGCCUGCACAGUGGGAAUUCCAAAUUGGCCCUUGUGAGGGCAUUGAGAUGGGAGACCAUUUGUGGAUCGCCCGCUUCCUCCUGCACAGGGUUUGUGAGGACUUUGGCAUUGUGGCCUCUUUCGACCCCAAGCCCAUUCCAGGGAACUGGAAUGGAGCUGGCUGCCACACCAACUUCAGCACAAAGGAGAUGCGCGAGGAUGGGGGUUUGAAAUACAUUGAGGAGUCAAUUGAGAGGCUUGCUAAGAGACACCAGUACCAUAUUCGUGCCUAUGAUCCUAAAGGAGGGCUGGACAAUGCCAGACGACUGACCGGCCAUCACGAGACCUCCAACAUCAAUGAGUUCUCCGCUGGAGUGGCUAACCGUGGUGCUAGCAUCCGAAUCCCACGAUCUGUGGGCCAGGAAAUGAAGGGCUACUUUGAAGACCGUCGUCCCUCAGCCAACUGCGAUCCGUAUGCAGUCACUGAAGCUCUUGUACGCACAUGUCUGCUCAACGAAGAGGGUGACGAGCCUGUGAAAUACAAGUGAAAUACUGGACUGAAGCGUCAUUUUCAGUAAUGAAAUAUCUUACUGACGCCUUGUAUUUUGAGUUCAUUAUUCCAUGAGGGAUUACACUAGUCAGGGGUGUCAAACUCAGUUCCUGGAGUGCCGGAGCCUUGCAGAGUUUUGUUCCAACCCUGCUU